AGUAGCAUGAAGAUCACCUUGCCCCUCUGGUCCGCAUGGCUACUGGUGCCGCCGGUCCUUGCAGGCGCACCGUUCCAAAGCGCACUCAACGGCUUUCCUGCGAAUCCCUACGACCCAUUCUGUGCCAUGUCCUGCCUGUGCUCCCUCUAUAGCCUGAGGCUCUCCUGCUCUAGCACGGGCGAUACUGUUGGAAUGAUGACCAUGAAGACAAGUUCCGCAUGCUGGGCAGAAAACACACCCUACCUUACCAGUCUGGCGUGGUGCAUGCACACCAAGUGUUCCGAAUACAACGUGAAGAAUUCCAAGCUCGAGUAUUUCUGGGAAACUGAAAGCACAGGCCAGUCUGACGCCGGCGAAACUGGGGUUCCCCCGAAAUGGUCAUACACGGAGGCCCUCGCAAACAUCACCAGUCCGCCAACGAUCCAACUCACGCCUGAGGACACAUGGCUCAAUGAUACGUCCCUAGUCUCGCCUCUUGUCUAUGAAGAGCAAUGGAAUGUCUUGACAAGCGUACAGCGCGAAACGGCGCAGGAAAAUGCUUACGGCAUCGCAAUACUCGUCACUGGUUUCGGAACUCCCAUUGUCCUCACAUGGGCUGGAUAUUUGCCAUUCCUAUCCACUAUUUUCAGGAAGCUCAAGCCAUAUCUGGUCUGGCCGAGCCUUAUUGGCACGUAUCAAGUCCGUCCGCUUCCAAGCCUUCUUGGAAAUGCGCCUACCGUCGGCCAAACGCUAUAUAUUCUAAUAUUCCUUAUUCUCAACAUUGUCUUGACAGCGGUGAAUUUCCAGUCUCGUCAGCCUAAUGCGUGGUACUCGAGCACAUGGCACGAGAUUAUGGCCUACGUUCUCUACCGAGCAGGGGCCUUUGCGAACAACAUUCUGCUCUGGGCAUCGAACUGGUCGCAUUCAACCUUUCUCGUGCUCCAUCGUUGGGUUGCCCGUAUAUUCACACUGCAGGUCUUGUUACACUCGAUCAUAGCUGUGAUACUGUACAAGGCUGAAGGGACGUAUGGGGAGGCUGCGAAAUCGCCGUACUGGAUCUGGGGCAUCGUCGCCACCCUCUGCUGCCUAUGCGACGAGUUCUUCUUGCUCAAACAUAUUGUGCUCUCCGUUGUUCUCAUUGUCGGCUGCUGGUACCAUGCCUACGAUUUAUACAAAUACCUUGGCGGAUAUGAGGACUGGCUCAUAGCUACCUCUGCAAUCUGGAUGUUUGACCGCUUAGGGCGUGUUUUACGCAUCGCCAUCGUCGGUCCGCAUCGAGCCAAAGUCACCGUGCUCAACGAAGAAUACGUCCGCAUCGACAUUCUCGGCAUACGUUGGGGCUCUGAGCCCGGCAGGCAUGUCUACGUCUACUUCCCCGGACUCCAUCCCCUCCGGCCGUGGGAGAACCAUCCGUUUUCGAUAUUGCCUACAGCCUUGGUGCAGCACUCUCAUGCGCUUACGGCCUCGAAGAGUCAGGAUCAGGUUUUGACGGAUGGGCUCGAAGAGCAACCUGACGUGGAAAAGCACGACGUGCUGAAGUCUGGCGUGACAGCGGUGCAUCACAGACAUCCCACCGUCGGUCUGACACUAUACAUACGGAAGUUGACCGGCAUGACUAGGUCUCUGCGCGCAGGUAACAACCUUCUCACGUUUUUAGAGGGACCGUAUCCAAACAACUCAACCCAGGAGGUUCUCCGUUGCGACCGACUGCUGCUCAUCGGCGGCGGCAUCGGCAUUACUAGUGUUCUUCCCUUUGUCCAUAACCAUUGGAACGUCAAGCAGGCAUGGAGUGUCAAAGAAUCCGCUAGAUGCUUGGUGGAUGACUUAGAAGGAUUCCUGAGUGGCUUCGUUGCUGACAGAGACGUUCGGAUCGGCAGCAGACUGAAUGUUAAGCAGCUCCUAGAGGAUGAGAUAGAAGCCGGGUGGGAAAAGGUUGGCAUUGUCGUGUCUGGGCCAGGAGGACUUUGCGACGAUGUCCGAGCUGCUGUUGUGUCGGAAGAGAAGCUGGGGAAGACGGAGUUUGAGCUGGUAGUGGAAGCAUAUUCGUGGUAGACCGAUAACUUUUUAGGGCUCUGGUGUUAAUAGUAGAUAUCGAUGAGAUAUUAAGUACAUAAUCG